AUGAAUUAAAAUUCAAGCAAAAUAGAAGCUAAUAAAGAGAAUUUUAGACCAUACCCUACUUUUGAUAGUAGCCUAAGCUUCUUUGAUCCUAAUAAGCAGAGCCAAAAUACUCCAACUAAGCCUAAAAAAGAACCGUUUUAAAAUUCUUGUAAUUAGAAUUCCUACAUAGUUAAUUCUCCUUAGAAACUAGUUGAUGGGUUGCUUGAAAAAGCUAAAGAUAAAAGGAAUUACUGUUCAAUUACAGCUGAAGAAUUUUUUAACCUAAGCACACUAUCUCUGAAUUAUUUCUGCCAAAGCUUGAAAAAUGAAGGUGCGAACUAAGUAUUUCAAACAGUUUUCUCCAUGAAAAACUUGAAUAGUUUAUAUAUCAACUUACAGAUAAACGAAAUCACAUGCUUGCGCUUCGAAAAGAUUAACUAUUACUGUCAGAACUUAACUUAUUUAAAACUAGAUUUAGGAUCAAACAAUAUUGCCUAAGAAAAUGGUAUUAAGAGCUUGGAAGACUGCACAAAGUAAUUGACUAAUCUAAAGCAGUUCUACAUAGAUUUAAGAUGGAAUAAUUUGACUGAUUCAAACUGUGAAUAAAUAGGCAGUUCGAUUAAACACCUUAAAUAAUUAGAUGAAGUUGGAUUAUUUUUAAGUCAUAAUAAAAUUACUUCUAUUGGAGUUAACUUCAUAUGUAGUGAGCUCAAACAUAUCUUGAUGUUAAAAAAAUUAUAUUUUCAUCUCAGCUAAAAUAAAAUAGAUGAUAAUGGGGCUAUUUUACUAUCAUAGUGCAUAGAAAAUCUAAAAUAUUUACAAACAGUUGAUAUUAGUCUUUAAGAUAAUGCUAUCAGUAAUUAAGGGUCUAUUGAGCUAUGCAAAUCAGUCUCAAAUUUAGAAAAAAUAUCUGUUGCCAAUAUUCUUUUAUACAUGAAUUAAGUCAGAGAUUACGGAAUUUUGCAUUCAACUAAACAGUUUGUACAAUCAGCUAAUUUCAGGAAACUAGAAUAGUUCUUUUUAGAAUUUAGAUUAAAAUUUAGAGAGAUCAAUCCAAGUAAAGUGUAUAUAGAAUGCCAGGAAAUAGUUAGAUAAAAUAUACUAUCUAAUAGACAGCAUGCUCUAAUUCUAACAGCCUACAAGAAACAUAUAACCCCGAUGCUAGAUUUUUAGCCACAAUAUUAACACUGGGAUAUACUCUAUUGA